UGUGGUGCUCCGGCCCCUCCCUCCCUCAGCCUCGGCGAGCAGGAGCUACAUGAGCGCAGUUUGCCAGCCAGACACACACUCAAAUAUACACACGCGCACACACGCAGCCCGAGAGUGAGCGAGACUGCAUCCUCCAGCACUACUACUUCUUCUUCACCCUCUUCAGGACGUGCACGCUCACAGCAGCGAGCACACACACACACACACACACACACACUACUAGAAAACCUCCAUUUGCAGCAGGCCGCUCCUGAGAGCUUCCCGGCAGGAAAAGGAGCCAGUGACUCACCCCAUCAGCGCCCAUCGUCAUGGAAACGCCGAGCCAGAAACGCAGCAGCCGCGGCGCCGCCUCUCCGGCCCGCAUCACCCGGCUGCAGGAGAAGGAGGACCUGUGCAACCUCAACGACCGGCUGGCCGUGUACAUCGACAAGGUGCGCUCGCUGGAGACCGAGAACGCCGGCCUGCGCCUGCGCAUCUCCGAGUCCGAGUCGUCCGUCAGCCGUGACCUCAGCGGCAUCAAGGCGGCCUACGAGACCGAGUUGGCUGACGCCCGCAAGACCCUUGACCAGGUGGCCCGGGAGCGGGCGCGCCUGCAGCUGGAGCUGGGCAAGGUCAAGGAGGAGUACAAGGAGCUUAAAGCCAGGAACAGCAAGAAGGAGUCGGACCUGGAUGCGGCCCUGGCCCGCCUCAGAGACCUGGAGGCGAUGCUCAAUUCCAAAGAUGCCUCCCUCAGCACGGCCCUGGGGGAGAAGCGGGUCCUGGAGGCCGAGGUGAAGGAGCUCAAGGCUCAGCUAGCCAAGUUGGAUGCAGCCCUGGCCGACGCCAAGAGGCAACUUCAGGACGAGAUGCUGAGGCGGGUGGACGCCGAGAACCGCCUGCAGACGCUGAAGGAGGAGCUGGAGUUCCAGAAGAACAUCUACAACGAGGAACUGCGCGAGUCGAGGCGGCGCCACGAGUCCCGCAUGGUGGAGGUGGACAGCGGGCGGCAGCUGGAGUUUGAGAGCAAGCUGGCGGAGGCGCUGGCCGAGCUGAGGGCGCAACACGAGGAGCAGGUUGGCCUCUUCAAAGCGGAGCUGGAGAAGACCUACAACUCCAAGUUGGAGAAUGCUCGCCAGUCGGCCGACAGGAACAGCCACCUCGUGGGCGCCGCCCAUGAAGAGCUGCAGCAGACGCGCAUUCGCAUGGAGGGCAUGUCGGGCCAGCUGAGCCAGCUGCAGAAACAGCUGUCCCUCAGCGAGGCCAAGGUGCGCGAGCUGGAAGAGACUCUGAGCAGGGAGCGCGACCUGAUGCGGCGGCGGCUGGAGGAGAAGGAGCGCGACAUGGCCGACAUGCGGGCUCGUCUGCAGAGGCAGCUGGACGAGUACCAGGAGCUGCUGGACAUCAAGCUGACGCUGGACAUGGAGAUCAACGCCUACAGGAAGCUGCUGGAGGGCGAGGAGGAGAGGUUGCGUCUGUCGCCCAGCCCUCCCCAGGCCAGGGUGACAGUGAGCCGCACCUCCGGCUCCUCCCACAGCCGUCUGGUCCACGCCACGGCCUCCAGCAGCCGCACCUCCUCGGGUGCGGCCAGCGCCAAGAAGCGGCGCCUCAACGACAACGACAGUGACACCUCCAGCGUGGUGGGCGGCACCGUCACCAAGACGCGCAUCAGCCAGCACGCCUCGGCCAGCGGCCGCAUCACUGUGGACGAGGUCGAUCUGGACGGAAAGUUUGUCCGCCUUAGCAACAAAAGCGACGAGGACCAAUCACUGGCCGGCUGGCAGGUGAAGAGACAGGUGGGCGAUGGCACCCCCAUCGUGUACAAGUUCCCCCACAAGUUCUCCCUGAAAGCUGGAGCCACCGUCACCAUUUGGGCCGCGUCCGGUGGCGGGAGCCAUACCCCCCCGUCCGACCUGGUGUGGAAGAGCCAGGACUCGUGGGGCACCGGCGACCUCCUGCAGACCACCCUCCUCAGCGCCGGUGGAGAGGAAAUGGCAAGCAGGAAAGUGACUCGCAGCCUCUUCCAAGAAGACGACGACGACAUGGGUGCUCACAGCACCAGCGGUGAGAACGAGUACAACCUGCGCAGCCGCACGGUCAUCUGCGACUCGUGCGGGCAGCCGUCGGACCGCGGCGCCGGCACGUGCGGCGGCGGCAUUGCGGAGGGCCUCGUGGGACAUUCCUUUUUCAUGGGCACUAACGAGCCCAGACAGAGUGGCGUCAAGCCUGAGAACUGCGUGAUGAUGUAAAAGCGGAUGACAGACAACGUUGCCUCCUCCCCUCCUGUACCGCACUUGGCAUCACUUUCCACUGCUGGGAUCUUUCUCUGCAUGUACUAUUUUUUAGUUUUGAAUUACUACUUCAUUUUGCCUUUUGUAUCUACUUGACGCGGCAGCUUCAAGAGUGCCUGAAGGCCACGAGCUUCGUCUUCCUUCAAUUGCGUAUAGUCCACUUGUGUUAUUGCAUGUGCUGCUGCUUCUGCUCUCUCACACACACACACACACACACACACACACACACACACACACACACACAGCUUGUUUGACCAGCGCAUCCAGUCAAGGUUCACGUUUAACGCUGUCAAAUCUCAACACGCACAGACGGUGAACCCUGAAGACGAGCGUGCCCAUGCAUCCUUCUAUGAAGCGUAUCAGCGUACACGACACACGCACUCUCAUGAAGAACAUCCACACAGGAAAGUGAAGCCAACGAGGCUCGUUAGUGACGUUUAUCAGAGAAAUUCCUUUCAUUUAAAUGUACUCCUGGAUCAAAAGUUUGUCGACAGCUUUUUUGUCAUCUCAGGGUGUUCUGCAAACUCUUUUUUUUUUUGUAUGCAAACAAGUCAGUUUUUUGUUCUUGAAUUAUUUCUUGCCAUAAAUUGGGUUGUUUUGUUUGCCAGAAUGUAUGAAAGCAUUUAUCAAUGCCAAAGAUGGUAACCAAGGCGACCCGGGGUGUCUUCUUAUGUGCCUGGUGCCACAUAUUCAGAGCUGAUGGUGUUUGACUAAAUCAUUGCGAUUGUGCUACAAGUUUAUUUAAAAAAAACAUUCAAACUGCCAACGUGCCUUCAGACGUCUUUGCUAGCUUGCAUCGCUUGUUGCAGGUUGGGAUGUGUCUUUUUCGGGCUUUAUGGAAUAUUUUGUACUGUAGUCAAGCAUAGCAAAGCAUUUAUGGAAAAUACUUGAUGGCUGUUUUUUUGUUUCUCUUUCCUAUGACGCUUAAUCAAAGAUAGAUGUUAUUUUUUGUUCCCCGAAAAGUGCCUUACAGUCAUCUCCGAAGACAAGAGUAGAAAAUCAUGUAAACAUUGGAGCUUUUUUUUCCUGACUGAAACGUUUUCAGGUCAUUCUGUGUCAGAUUGAUGCUGUUCAUUGAACAUUUUGGAUUCAUAUUUGUCAUCACAGUCGUGAUCUCUCUGAGAUGUGUCUUGAGCAAAGCCAUAGAGGUGAUGAAUUGUAUUUUUGUGCUUCUUUUCCAAGAUAAAAAACAAUGUUUUUCUUGCAA